GGCUCAAUCUGUUCCACCAUCAAUCAAAAUGACAGCGGUGACAUUCAUAUACAGACCUUACAACUGUACACACUGUUUCGUGUAUGACAUAUUUUGUUUUGGUCUCAUUUGUGUUUUCAAUCGUUUUCGCUCCAUUUUCCUGAUUUUACGUUCAACAAAGGAUAUUUUGCCAUGAAUUCACUGCAAAAUUAUGGAAGUAGCAGCGAAACAGAGACUGACUCUGAUUCAGAAUCUAUUGAGAAAAAGUCGGAAUUGGCGUUGCACCUGAAGCCAGUAGAUCCGAGUGUUUCAAUUGCAAAAACGUUAGCUGUUGUUGCUGCUCCGGAUGUUAUUCCUGUGGGUGCCAGCGAUGUGGCGCGUGCUAUUGACCCGAGUACUAAAGAACUGGCCUAUAACCCCAAAUUCGAUGAAUUGUUUGCACCGGUUCAAGGUCCAGAAAAUCCUUUCUUAACGGAACAAAUGAGAGCCCCGAGAAACACACUUUCGGGAUACGUGGAGAAGGCGCAUAUCUCAGCGUUCAACUUUGAAAACCAACGAAGAACAUUUCACACCUACGGCUUUGCAUUAGAUCCGUCAGUAAACGGUGAAGUAGCUGAUGGUAGCAGCUAUGUGGGAGAUCUGCAAACCGCAUACGAUACAGAUGGUAAAACGGUUUUUGAAUCGCCCAAGCCGAAGAAGAAACGAAAACAGGAGAAAAAUGACGAUCCGGCUGACAUUGAAGGAUUUUUGGGUCCAUGGGGUAAAUACGAAAAUGAACAAACAGUUGCAAAGCCAUCUGAAGAAGAAAAAGCGGCCUUGGAAGAACUGUUAGCCAAACGACACCGACGCAGUCGCAUUCCAGAGGAUAAACCACUGGAAGAAAAAUCCAUUUUGCACAUCAAAGAUCCACUGGAUUACCAGGGACGCUCCUUUUUGCAUGCUCCACACGAUCUCGGCGUCAAUUUGAGAACAGACGCUCCGCCAGACCGAUGUUUUCUGCCAAAAUCGCACAUACAUUCGUGGACCGGUCAUACGAAAGGCAUUUCUGCUAUUCGCUUCAUUCCGAAGACUGCUCACCUACUCUUGUCAUCGAGUAUGGACUGUCGCAUAAAAUUGUGGGAGGUGUACAAUGAACGACGAUGCAUACGUACCUACUUCGGACACCGGCAAGCCGUUAAAGACAUUGGCUUCAAUAACAAGGGAACACAGUUUGUGUCAGCCGGAUAUGAUCGCUACAUAAAGUUAUGGGACACUGAAACCGGCGAUGUUGUACAUAGAUUUACCUCACGGAAAAUUCCGUUCUGCGUCAAAUUCCAUCCGGAUAACAACAAGCAACAUUUGUUUGUCGCCGGCACGUCAGACAAAAAGAUCAUUUGUUGGGACAUUCGCAGCGGUGACAUUGUUCAGGAAUAUGACCGUCAUCUGGGAGCUGUAAAUACAAUAACAUUCGUUGAUGAGAACCGUCGAUUCGUAACCACAUCCGACGACAAAAGUAUGCGAAUAUGGGAAUGGGACAUUCCCGUUGACGUGAAAUACAUUGCUGAUCCGACCAUGCAUUCGAUGCCGUCGGUUACAUUGGCCCCGAAUGGCAAAUGGUUGGCGUGUCAAAGUUUAGACAACAAAAUUGUCAUUUUCUCCGCUUUGAAUCGAUUCAAGAUGAAUCGCAAAAAGACAUUCACCGGUCAUAUGGUGUCUGGUUAUGCGUGCAGUUUAGACUUUUCGCCGGACAUGAGCUAUCUGGUAUCGGGUGACGGAGAUGGUAAAGCAUACAUUUGGGACUGGAAGACUACGAAGCUAUACAAGAAAUGGCAAGCACACGAAGGUGUUUGCAUAUCGACACUUUGGCAUCCGCACGAACCUAGUCGAUUGGUUACAGCUGGUUGGGAUGGUUUGAUAAAGUAUUGGGACUAAAUGGAAAUGUUCAAAUAAAGAAGUUUUUACGAACGAA